AUGAGUUUUAGAAAAGACUCCGACAGUAUGGAGCUUGGGGAGUGCACCAGAAACCCGGGUUAUAAGGAUGCAGACAAAGAUGGGUCAGCAGCGGGGGACACCACCAGCGUCUCCGACACCGAGGGGAAGCGGGACUCCAUCGGCGUGAAGCGGGUCUCGGACGAGCCAGAUGAGUACAAGCAGCUCAAACCGUACGCCGGGAUGCCUAAGGAGGUGCUGUUGCUGUACUCCUCUAAGGCCCGGUACCGAGUCCCCCGAGAGAUCCUGUUCUGGCUAACGGUGUGCUGCACCCUGGCACUGUUGGCAGUCACCAUCGCGGUGAUCGCACUUUCUCCGCGGUGCCUGAGCUGGUGGCAGGCCUCCCCGGUGUACCAGAUUUAUCCCCGGUCCUUCAAAGACUCCGACGGGGAUGGGGUCGGAGACCUCAAGGGGAUUAAGGAGAAGCUGGAUCACUUUGAAUACCUUAACAUCAAAUCCAUUUGGAUCAGCCCUUUCUACCGUUCUCCCAUGAAAGACUUCGGGUAUGAUGUGGAGGACUUCCGGGAUAUUGAUCCACUCUUUGGAACCAUGAAGGACUUUGAGGAACUCCUGGCUGCAAUGCACAACAAAGGUUUGAAGCUGAUUAUGGAUUUCAUUCCCAAUCAUACCAGUGAUCGACAUCGCUGGUUCAACUUGAGCCGGAAUCGAGAUCCUCACUAUGAAGAUUAUUACAUCUGGGUCGACUGCAAACCAGACGGGCCGAAGCCUAAUAACUGGGUGAGUAUUUUUGGGAACUCGUCGUGGACAUAUGAUGAAGUUAGAGGGCAGUGCUACCUCCACCAGUUUCUCAAGGAGCAACCAGACCUGAACUUCAGAAACCCAAAUGUCUGCAAAGAGAUAAUUGAUCUUAUUCGUUUCUGGCUGGAGAAGGGAGUGGAUGGCUUCAGGAUGGAUGCAGUGAAGCACAUACUGGAGGCUGCACACUUGAGGGACGAACCACAGGUGGAUCCAAACAUGCCACCAGAGUUGGUAACUACAGAGUGGGACCUCCACAGUGACUACACCACCAGUCAAGUGGGCUUGCAUGACCUACUGAGAGAGUUUAGGGCAGAGAUGGACAUCUACAGCCAGGAGCCUGGUAGAUACAGGUUCAUGGUGACAGAGUCGUAUGAUUAUGAGGAGGUUGAUAAGACCAUGAUGUACUACGGCACCCAACUGCAAAAAGAAAGUGACUUCCCCUUUAACUUUUACCUGCUGGAUCUACCUCACAACAGCAGCGGCGUGUGGGCUAAACAUCUGGUUCACCUCUGGAUGGGCAACAUGCCCAAAGGAAAAUGGCCCAACUGGGUGGUUGGAAACCACGACAGGUCUCGAAUUUCUUCCAGUGCCGGUCGGAUCUACGUUCGUACCAUCAACAUGAUGCUGCUGACCCUUCCAGGCACGGCCACCACCUACUAUGGCGAGGAGAUUGGCAUGGAGAACAUUAACGUGACGGCAAGUCAGAUACAAGACCCAGCUGGCAAAUACAAUACGAGUGCCAGUCGGGACCCUGAGCGUUCUCCAAUGCAGUGGAAUGGUGACAUGAAUGCAGGUUUUAAUGACAAAACUAAUGUCACCUGGUUGCCGGUACACCCUGACUACAAAACCGUCAAUGUGGAGGUCCAGAAGGAAGAUGACACCUCUGUUCUGGCUCAGUACCGUUACCUGAACACGCUGCGUCAAUCGGAGCUCCCCCUUAACCGUGGAUGGUUCUGCUACAUCCACGCUGAUGCCAAUGUCUUCUCUUACAUCAGAGAGCUUGAUGGGCUUCAGCGAGCUUUCCUCAUAGUGCUUAACUUUGGUCAAGAAUCAGCUAUCACAGAUCUCUCCUCUGUUCAUGAGCUACCGGGCGAGCUGAAGGUGCUGAUGAGCACAAACAGAGUCAAUAAUGGCAAAGUGUUCCCAAAGUCUCACAUCCAGACAGAAGCAGGAGAGGGUUUGGUGAUUCAGUACUCCACCCACACUCGGUUUAAUCCCAAACAUCCCGAAGAGUGCUACAUCUCUGAGAAGGCUUGCUAUUUGGAGACCAUAGGCAUACUUUAUAAAUGUUAAUAAGAUUGGAUCUGAAUAUUGAAUUAUUGCUGUUUCA